UCUUUGUGGCAAGCGUUCCGGCCUUCUCAAAGUGAUAGUGUUCCUGGUUUUCGUUAGUUUGCCCGGCUUUGACCGUGUCCUCUGCUCAGCCCUUUUGCAAUUGUCGCUUCAUCCAUCUGCCAUUUGCCGAGCUGAUCUCCAGUAAAGAUGCUGAUUUUUGUGAAACCCUGAACUGUGUCCUGAGUGGUGCUUUCGAGUCCAAUUGUUUUGUGUUACCAGUGCAACACUUGUCAAAGUUAUUUUUCAAGAAGUACUACUUAUGUUUUACGCCUUUUUGGACUCCUUCUUUCAUUGCCGUGUAUCAGGCUGGAUCUGAGUGGGGAUUGAACCCUCUUCAUACACACAAGUGUUGCCAUAAAUCCCCCCCCCCACCCCCCAUCAGACAGUCAGGUGGAAGCACACAUUUCUGAUUGGCUGUCAAGGCACCACCUAAAGCUCAACCCGCGCAGGACUGAACUUCUGUUCCUCCAGGGGAAAGGGUCCCCUCACCAAGUUCUGUCUUUCACCAUUGACAACACCUUGGUGGCGCCAACUCAGACAGCGAAGAACCUGCGAGUGACUCCGGAUGAUAAACUGGGGUCCUCAGCAAGCAUUGCAGCAGUAGGUCCUGUAGAUUCCUCCUUUUUAUAAGGUCAGGAGGAUUCGCCCACUUCCUCACCAAGAAGGUAGUCCAGGUGCUCAGCCAGAUUCCCGUCAUUGCCCUCCUGGACAACUGCUGCCAUCUGCCAUCACACCUCUGUAGCUAAUCCAGAAUGCUGCAGAAUUCCAUGGCUGUCAGCCGUAAGUUUUCUCACAGCACUCCUCUCCUCCAUUGACGACACCGGCUCCUUAUGGCUGCUUGAAUCCAGUUUAAAACUCUGGUGCUGGCCUACAGGGCAGAGAAAGGAUCUGCUCUUUCCCGCCUCCAAGCCAUGGUCAAACCCCACACCCCGACCCGACCACUACAACUACAGGAAAUUCCGUCCUGCGGUACCAACUUCCACUCUUUUGGAAAUGCUUUACACACGAUUUUUUAACCUGGCUACAGGAAUAUCUAGGUGUGACAAAUCUAUGUGCUCCUCUGAAGCCCUUUCCUCUUGCAUAUUUUACUACUGUGCAGUGUGAGAAAAUACAAUUACUUUUGCUGUGAGAUUUAUCGGCCUGAAAUGAUUAAAUGUUAAAUGAGGGAGGACCAUGAUAUACACUGAGUGGGACAUUUUACUCUUGAAAACGGAACUUAACAGUCCUCUCUGAUAGAGAAACUAUGCUAUGGAGACUUCUACUACCGUGCAAUGGGGUUGAUGACCCUACUGUCCCAUACCUGAGACUGUCUCUGUAGGGGACACAUAAACAUGCCAGGGCAGCAUUUUAUCAUAGUCAUGAACAUCAGAAAUGCUUCAGUGACCUGUGGACCGAGAACUGUGUAUUGUAAUGAAGCCUCCAGAGCUAACACUACGAGUGAGCUAGUAAGGUGUUAUGAUACUCACCAGCGGUGGCCUAAAUGUUAGAGAAGUGAGCUUGUGACCUUAGAGUGGCCAGUUUGAUCCUCGGGACCCCUCAUUACCACCACUGCGGUGCCCUCGAGCAACGCCGUUAACCAAUCUGUGGAGAUGCUCAGUGGCCAACGCGUCCGUACAACCGUUGUUGUACUGGGCGGCUUCCAGGUCUGACUGUGUCUAAUUGAGUGUCAACAGAGCCUUCUUAAAAAAAAGAAAAAAGGGGAUAGCUCAUGCUACUCCCAGCAUGCCCAUACCAAGUUACAUCAGCGAGAAAGAGAGAGAAACAGAGGCAGGAGAUAUGGUAGGAGGAGAAACACCUAGAGAGAGGCAGCUCCACACCCCCACCAACCUCCUCCUCCUGUCCCUGGCUGUCUCAGAUUUCCUUGUAGGCCUCUUAGUGAUACCAGGCGAGAUACUCAUGACAGUGACCUGCUGGAUCCUGGGGGACGUAUGUGCGCUGUAUUACAUGUUACCUGUCAUCGUAAUCUCUGCCUCCGUAGGAAGCAUGGUUCUCAUAUCUGUUGACCGCUAUGUGGCCAUUUGUGACCCUCUGCAUUACCCCACCAAAGUCACUCCAAAAAUCGGUACAAUAUGUGUUUUCCUGUGUUGGAUCUAUUCUGCUAUCUAUAGCGUUAUCCUUCUAUAUGACAGCCUGAAGCAACCAGGCAGGUAUAAAUCCUGUAAUGGGGAAUGUGUGGUCAACAUUACAGGAGCUAUUGAUCUUGCUGUCGCUUUCAUUACCCCCAUUACUGUCAUUGUAAUUCUGUACGCGAGAGUGUUCAUGGUGGCUUUGUCUCAGGCUCGUGCCAUGAAGUCCCACAUUGCAUCUUGCUCUCUCAAGCAUUUGCAGACUGUGAAAGUUAAAAAAUCCGAGAUAAAAGCAGCUAAGACACUUGGUAUUCUUAUAGCUGUGUUUCUGAUGUGUUACUCUCCAUAUUACUGUGUCUCUCUCACAGGCCACGACAUCUUGAUUGGUUCUUCAACUGAGGCCUUUAUGAUUUUUCUGAUGUGUUUUAAUUCCUUUCUCAACCCCAUCAUCUAUGCCCUUUUCUACCCCUGGUUUAAAAGAAGUACUAGACUUAUUGUUACAUUACAGAUACUGCAGGCUGACUCCCGUGACGCCAACCUCAUGUGAAGAGCCUGACCCUGACAUACUGUGCAGGGAUGGACACAGAGGAAGAUUUUGGCUGACAGCGAAAACCAUGGAUUACUUGUGGCCAUAGA